UUUUAUGUAUUGGUAAUGGUAACAGUUGUAUUAAAUGUAAAUAAUUUCAACAGACAUUUAAAAAAUAUGCAUAGAAAAUUUAUUUCAAGAUUGCGUAUAUGUUACGUGAUGCCAACUGCAAAGAUUUCUGUACGGGAAGAAGAUAUUAUUAGAUUAACUUUGGAGUUUUUGCAUAAUCGCGAACUUCAUAUAUCUCAAUUAAGCGUAGAACGUGAAACUGGUGUUAUAAAUGGAAGUUAUUCAGAUGAUGCUUUGUUUCUUCGUCAACUUAUUUUGGAUGGCCAAUGGGAUGACGUACUUGAGUUCAUUCAACCAUUGGAAGCUAUACCAACUUUUCCUACCAAUAAAUUCAGGUACUGUAUCCUUAGACAUAAAUAUGCCGAACUAAUAUGUAUGAAAUCCGAAGCAACUGUGGUUGGAAGUGUAGACACUGCAGUAGAAGAAGUAGUUAAAGUUCUAAAUGAGUUAGAAAAAGUAUGUCCUACUAAAGAGGAAUAUUCUAAUCUAUGUUUAAUGUUAACAUUACCUAGACUAUCCGAUAAUUUAGGGUAUAAAGAUUGGAACCCUAGUACAGCGAGAGUACAAUGCUUUCAACAAGUUUAUCCUCUUGUAAUGAAAUUUUUACCAUGUGACAAAAAACCUGUUAUGCCAGAUGCAAUAAAUGACAGACUCAUUCAGUUAAUUAUUAAAGGAAUGCUUUAUGAAUCGUGUUGUAAUUUUUGUAAAUCAAAAGCAGUUGGAAGUACACAGCCUUUUGGACCUAAUGUUUUAAAUUUUUCACAUAUAUUUAAUGGAUCGGAAGGUUAUCAAGAUACAGAUCUUAGUUUGAUGUCAUGGCUUCAAAGCAUUCCAGCUGAAACUUUUAUUGUGCCUUUUGAACAAAAAACUUUAAAUGUUGAACUUGAACAGUUAGAGAGACCGUCUUUGGAAACAUCAUGGACGGAACACAUGCUUGUCACUCCUAUAAAACCAAAACAAUUUCCACAUUCUGCAAUGCCAUUUACUAGACCACGAUCAGCUGCCGAUAUUAUGUCACGUUCCUUGUUGCCAAACCUUGACCAUACUUCUUCGUCAUCUCUUAUAUCAUCCAUCGGAGUACCUAACACACCGUCAAAUCUGGUAAAAUCGUCUUUUGCUAGUUUUCAUUUAACAGGACUGAAAAGUAAUACACCGAUGACUAGUUCAGUAGAUAAAUUAUUUGAAAGUGAAGUUUUCGUGAAUAGUAUAAACGGAGAGUUACCAUCUAUUACUGAAGUUGUGACACCUGUAAAAGAAAAUAGAAAAUUUUUUUCGGAAUUAUCGUCUCCAGAACCGGGAAGAUCGUCAAAUUCUACAACAACGUCAAAUACGACCAGAUCAUCUAGAAGAGAUUCACUUACUGAUAGAUAUCAAUCAUUGUCUAUUAAUCAAUCUAGUACUAGUUUUGAUAUGCAGAAUAGUCAGUGUGAUUUGCUUAAAGAGUAUCAACGGCAAAAACAAAGGUAUCAUGAUGCUUUACAAGAUCAAGAGCGAGAAAGACUUGAGCUUAUAGAGCAAUUGCGUAGCACAGAAUCUAAACUUCAAGAAGAAAAUGGCGAAUUAUCAAGUAAAAUUAUUCCGUCUGAAACGGCAACAUUUUCAAAAAAUAACGCAGCCAAACCUCCAAUCCCUACAAAAAUAAAUGUAACAAAUGGCAGUAAAGGAGAAUGGUCUCCUGAAACUGAUCAUUUGAAGGAAAUUCAGCCGACUACAACGACGGCAGCCAUCGGCGGUAACAAGGCGGCCGGGGCCAACCACACCGGAGACGGACUUCUGGAUGGCAGUGCGUAUAACAGCGACCAAAACGGCAAGCCCAGGUUCAUUGCAGUCACCCGAUUGGAGGACGUGCAGGCGGUCCGGUGCGCAGAAUUUCACCCGCACGGUUCCGUGUACGCAGUCGGAUCCAAUUCAAAAACACUCCGGAUAUGCGCUUAUCCAAAAGUGACGGAUAUCAGAGAAAAUCAUGUGGCUCAGCAGCCAACUGUAUUGUUCAAACGUACCCGACACCACAAGGGUUCGAUAUAUUGCAUGUCGUGGACGCCGGACGGUUCGCUGAUCGCCACCGGCAGCAACGACAAGACGGUCAAGCUGAUGCGGUUCAACGCGGAAACGUCUAAUCUAGAGGGCCAGGAAAUUGAACUGGCCAUGCACGAUGGCACGGUCAGGGACGUUUGUUUCAUCGAGGACACGAGCAACAGGAGCAGUCUGCUCAUCAGUGGUGGUGCCGGUGACUGUAAGAUAUACGUGACAGAUUGCGAAACCGGACAACCGUACCAAGCGCUCAGCGGCCAUUCCGGACACAUAUUGACAUUGUACAAUUGGGGCGGAGCUAUGUUCGUUAGCGGAAGCCACGAUAGGACCAUUAGAUUUUGGGAUUUGCGGACGAGAGGAUGCGUAAAUGUUGUCACGCCGAAUACUUCUAUGGCCAGUCGGCAAGGAUCACCGGUGGCCGCCGUCUGCGUGGAACCGUCAGGUCGACUGUUGGUCAGCGGUCACGAGGACUCGGCGUGUGUCCUUUACGACAUUCGGGGUUCGAGGAGCUUGCAGUGUUUCAAACCACAUUCGGCCGACGUACGUUCGCUGCGAUUCUCGCCUAGCGCUUAUUAUCUGCUGACCGGUGGAUACGAUAACAAACUGGUGCUCACCGACUUGCAAGGUGACUUGACUACAACAUUGCCGAGCGUAGUAGUCGCCCAACACCAGGACAAAGUAAUCUCUGGCCGGUGGCACCCUACAGACUUUUCGUUUUUGAGUACCAGUGCCGAUAAGACAACCACUCUGUGGGCUUUACCACCAUAUAAAUAAUGCAAAUAACCAACGAAACAGAUUAUAAUUUAAUAAUACACGUUAAGGCUUUGUAUUACAAGAUGUCAGAACGAUUUUUAAACAAAAAAUAAAAAAGAGAAACAGUGAUUUUUGCUAACUUAUGUGCUAACAAUUUAAUAAUUAACCUAUAGUGUUUAUUUUGAAAUUUACGAGCUGUUUUUUUGUUUUUAUUUUUAUUUAUUAUAUACACAUAAUUUGUUCUGUAUUUUUUUGUUACUCUUUUCUAAUUCUACCUGCUGUUUUUUGUUAAUGAUAAUUUUUUUUAUUUUUUAAUAAUAAAAAUAUGUACCUAAA